GCUCUGAGCGCCACACGUUCGCUGGCGGCCUGUCAGCUCGACGCUCCCGCAGACCAGAUGUCGAAUUCGGUCACAGAUGGAACUCUCUGUGCAGCUUUCGAUUCCAAGUGGAGCGCGCUGACGAUCGUUGUCGAGCUUGCGAUUGUGGCUCCGUUCCACCUUUCGCUGCCACGGAACGCGUGUCUCUGGCUUUGGCCCAUGAGUGGCAGUGAACAUUUCAGUCUCGUCGCCGUUCCACUGCUCUAACAAGUUCUACUUGUCUGCGUCCUCGGUAACGCUUUUUCCAGCCUGCGAUUUCAGACCAGAGCACUUUCUUGCAUUUUCGUCGGCGAUCGAGGACAGAUCUGCGUCGUCGUCUUCUGUGUUAUCGAUCUUCGCCUGCCCGAGAAGCGGAUCUUGAGCCGAACAAGAAUGACCUCAAUUGGGUGUCUAUCGGACUCACCUUGCCUCUGUCUCUCUUCGUCAGGUCACAUCGAUCAGAUUCGCUCACACCCUUCUUCUCGCAUUCAUUGGAAUUCAUCUCCUUCGACUUGCAAUUUUGGUCGUGCGAGGUCCGUCCUUGCCGUCGCUUCUUUCACCGGCAGGGGCGUGGCCUUGAGUGGAAAUGUUUGGAAGAAUGUCACUGGCGGGAAGACGUACGCCGUCAGGUUGGCUGGAGCCGGAAUCACUCGGGCGAGCAGAGCAGAUUCUACUCUGAAUGCCGAAGCUACCGACCGAAAGUCGUCCGAGCAACCCGCAACCGGGUCAUCUGCGGAAACACAUUUGGAUCUCCUCGAGCGGUUUAUAUCGGAAAGCAGUAAAGAUGGUGGCGGCAGAACGAUCGCUGAGCAGCUGGAAGAGCAGGUCGAUCUGGACCAGGCCGAAAUUGUCACGGUUCCCCUGGCACAGAGUAUGACCUUGGAGCAAGCUCCGCUGACCAUAUCUCAGAAACGAAACAUUCGACGACAAAAAUAUCUGGACGAAGUAGCGAAACGAAACGACGCCCCUUUCUUCACGACGGUGGCACUCUUCGUGAUUUUGCCUCCUGCUGUCAUUUUAGGCGUCGCAGUUGCCACGGGCUAUAUAAAUAUACUCCCUUGAACUUUUUCAAGGGUUUCCGAACUCCGUGAGGCGUUUGCGAGUGUACUAUACUAGAAUAUCCGCAGGCUGCUGUGACCUGAGGAACGAUAACUGUUGCAGGGGAUUGAGACUUUGUAUAUUCUGAUAUUGCCUAGUAAUUAGAUAGGACUUUCUUCUCAGUGAAAAGUUGCUUCUUUGAGUGCUUGGAACAAGUGGAUUUCACCUUUCAAGUAUGUUGUGUUCCGUGCUGAUGGAAACACGGAUAAGCUUCCGACAUUCUGUAAACUUAUAAUCAGAUGAUACGUUCUGUGGAAUUUGAAACCUUCUUCAUGGGUUUUAGUAUUUCC